AUCCUCAUUCACUCCUCCUGGAUUUAAGUCAAACAGCGGGUCUCCCUGGCAGAAAACAACUGGACACGACCCAUGGGGGAAAAAAAAAAAAUAUGAUGUAAAAACUCUGUGCGGCUGCUGCUCCUGUUCUUAUCUGGGAACAUAAGGGCUUUAAAUUGCUGAUGAUUUUGUGUCCCGCUAUACUGUUUUCACUUCUUUUUCGUGCCUCAUUCAUUUUUCUACUCCUGCACCUCCUGGUCUGAUAUAAACCUGUCCUGGAGGAAUAUGGACCCCCGACCGGCUCUCUCCAUCCCUGUCCCCGGGUCCCGGGUCCCCAUCCCCGGGUCCCGGCUGCUGCUGGCGCUGCUGCUGCUGACCCGGGGCUCCUUGGCCGGCAGGAGCUGCGCAGACACCCGGCAGGUUUACUCCGAGAAGGGCUACAGCACCAACACCGCUCCCCUGGCUCAGAUCUCCGGUGAGCACCUGCGUCUCUGUCCUCAGGACUACACCUGCUGCUCCGCUCAGAUGGAGGAGACGCUCUCCCUCCAGAGCGAGAGGGACUUCCUCAAAGCCGUCGAGGAAAACAGCCAGUUCCUCUUGACCACGUUCACUCAGAGAUACCGGAGGUUUGAUGAGUUCUUCAGAGAGCUUAUAGACCUUUCAGAGAAGUCAACGAACCAGAUGUUUACCAAGACCUACGGCCUGCUCUUCACUCAGAAUGCCCACGUCUUCCAGGAGCUGUUUGUGGAGCUUCGCAGAUAUUAUUCUGGUGGCAGCGUGAGUCUGACGGAGGUCCUCUCAGAUUUCUGGUCCAGACUGGUGGAGCGGGUCUUCUCUCUGGUCAACCCCCAGUACACGUUCACCGAGGACUAUUUGGAGUGUGUCAGCAAACACGCCGAGCAGCUGCAGCCGUUUGGGGACGUGCCUCGCAAACUACGAGUACAAGUGUCGAGGGCGUUCAUCGCAGCCAGAGCUCUGUCCCAGGGUCUGGCUACUGGGCGGGACAUCGUGAACAAGGCGACGAAGCUGACUGCAGAUUCCCAGUGCGUGCGUGGCCUGAUGCGUCAGUGGUAUUGCCCGCUGUGCCGGGGCCUGCCGCUCCUACGGCCCUGCCACUCCCUGUGCCUCAACGUGGUGAAGGGCUGCCUGGCCAAUCAGGCCGACCUGGAUACAGAAUGGAACAAUUUCAUAGAUGCUCUGUACCUGGUUUCUGAGAAGCUGGAGGGGCCGUUUAAUAUGGAGCUGGCAGCCGACUCCAUCUCUGUCAAAGUGUCAGAGGCUAUCAUGCACAUGCAAGAAAACAGUGUCAGCAUCUCCAGUAAGGUGUUCCAGGGCUGUGGAAACCCAAGGCCAGGUUCAGCACGGUACAAACGCUCGCCCAAAGAGUCAGGGGGCAACAGGAGGCCUUUCCGCACCUACACGCCUGAUGAGAAGCCCACCACUGCUGCGGGCACCAACCUGGACCGGCUGGUUACUGAGCUGAAGGAGCGACUGCGGCCCAUGCGAGGCUUCUGGGUGUCUCUCCCACACACCAUCUGCAGCAAUGAGAAGAUGGCUGCCGACGUCACCAAUGUAGACCGCUGCUGGAACGGGCAGACCCGGGGGAGGUACCUACCGGAUGUGGCAGCCGAUGGGCUGGCCAGCCAGAUCAACAACCCCGAGGUGGAGGUGGACAUCACUCGUCCAGACGUGAGGACCAGACAGCUGAUCAUGGAGUUGAGGGUGGUCACCAACAAACUGAGGCACGCGCAGAGUGGACACGACAUGGACUUCAUGGACAGUGAGGAGGGCAGCGGCUCUGGGGGUGGAGAUCACGGUGAAAGGUACAAUGAUGACUGGCCGGGUUACGGGCCCCAGUCUCCACCUUACAGUAAACCCCCCCGUUAUCCUGCCUCAAACCCGGCCCCCAAGGGCCCUCGAGGUCGAGACAAGAACGGGUCAAAGUGGAACAGAAACAACGGCCAGGGCCGGGUCCGCUCAGCUGCCAGUCAGCUCUCCUCCCCCCUGCUUCCUUUGUUGUCUUGGCCGUUUAUUGUCCUCGCUGCCCCCAUGUGGAGAUAGCUGGCUAUUACAGCCGGUAGGUGAAGGUGGAUUUUCAUCAUGCUGGAUGCUUAAACAUGUUUUGAAAAAUCAAAAAUACCAUUCCAUUUGUGUACACCAGCAGAAAAACAGGAAAAAAGAGGUUAAUUUAGCAAUAAUCAAGCACCUCUUUGCUGCACUAAUUAACUUAAAAUGAAAUUCCUAUGUUGCAACGGAAACAGAUCUUAACAGGUACUGACGAGUCCAAACAAAACCUAAAAAGCACAGCCAUGCUUAUUUGGCCUUUUGUGAAAUUUUGGCCGGCUGAAGUGUGAUGCUGAAUGGUGUGCUCUGUUGGAAGUCUUAAGAGAGUUUUUUUUUCUUUUUCUUAUCUUUUUUUUAAUUCAUAGAUAUCAGUUGAAUUAACUUGUCCUGGAAGAUGGAAGCAGUGGAUGAUUUGAUGCUCUGUCAGGUAGAGAUUAGUAGUGACAGUUAUUACCCUGUCCUUUUAGUGGACUGAUCAUUUGUUCCAAACAAUGUUUUUCCAUCCAUCCAUCCAUCCAUCCAUCCAUCCAUCCAUCCAUCCAUCCAUCCAUCCAUCCAUCCAUCCAUCCAUCCAUCCAUCCAUCCAUCCAUCCAUCCAUCCAUCCAUCCAUCCAUCCAUCCAUCCAUCCACUCCUGCUUGGGUAGAAGGAGCAGCAGCCUAAGUAGAGAGACUCAUCAUUUUCUCUCCUGGAUUAGCUCCUCUAGUUCUUGCAGGAGGAUAGGAGGCGUUCCCCGGAUAGCCAAAAAUAUGACCUCUAAAGUUUGUCCUGGGUCUGCCUUAAAGGCGUCCUCCCAGUUGGACAGACCCAAAACAGCUCCCCAGGAAGGCAUCCAGGCGUCCUCUGGAUGUGGGGGAGUCAUGGCUCCCUCCUAGAUGGCUGGACUUCUUACCGUAUCUUUACGAGGGAGUCCAGUUACCCUGCUGAGGAAACUUAUUUCAGCCAGUGUUUCUGGACCUGAAGAUGCAGGGAAGCUACCCUCACAUCAACCAAGGGGUUAUUAGUUCCAGAGCCCAUAUAUGCAUUGAGGUGAGCCUAAAUAUAUCUAGUUGGUACGUCUCAACCUCUGACUCAUUCUUCACUAGAGAGAUGAGGUUCCAUGUCAUUAGAAUCAGCUUUGGUAACCGAGGGUUACAAAGGCUUCGGCUGAUGCUCAUAUCACACAGCACCUGAUCCCGGGGGCCCCUCCUGCAACAAAGACACGCAUUGCUCAUUUGGGCUGAGCCUGGUUUGGCCCUUGGGUGAAGGCCCAGGCGAGUCCUCGCUCCGCUAUGAUGCCCCGGCAGCUCAUAUUUGCACGAGGUUCGUUGUGCGUCUCUUUGUUCUCUCGUGUUUAUCUUUUCUUCUCUUUUCUUUUCCAUGUGUAUUAUUCAAUCAUAGGUCCUUCAGGUCCAAUUAGCCUUGAGAGACCCUGCCAGGGGCAAUUGCCUGUGACAACACAGCUCCUUUGAUAAACUGGGCAUGAAAACCCCUCCUCCACAAUGAGGUGGCGAGUUGACAUUUUUUUUUCAAUCUAAUUUCACUCUGGCUUGAGCUCAAUUCAUUCAUUUUUCAUCUUGUGUCAGGGGCAGGAUUUAAUUUACUUGCUCAAUUAAACAGGAAAAAAGGCAAAAGUGUGUCUACCGAACCAAGCAAGGAGGUGAUUUUAACCGUAAAGGCUUAAACUAAUUUGGGUUGCUAAUGUGUAACAUAUUGAUAUUUAAUUUAUUUGUAAUAUAUUAUUUUCCUUUUAUUAUCAGUUCAACGGCGAAGGUUGAGUGUUGUCUUCUGAAAGAAGUUUGCCUUUAAUUUUCUCUGGAGGGGAAACACAUGGGGGGAGGGACACAUUACGUUUUGUGAGGCAGUCAUUUUAGAAUACGACUACACCGUUAUGGUUUUUAUUUUUUCCUGGUCUGAUUAGUCUCAACCAGAUUCAGAGGCCUCGUGUGAAUGUGAUUGUUCGGUGGUUUUAUAUUACAUGUUUGUCUUUCUAACUGGACGUCUGACAUGUUGUUGACAAGACGUUGAGAUGUUUUUGACUGCGUGCUUUUCUACUAAUUGUUCCUUAAAGCUACAAAAGAUGAUGAAAACAGAAAGUAAGCUGUCAUUGUGAUGUUACGUGUAAUGAAUGGUUACAGAAACACAAUUUAUUUCAAAGAACUGAGAUGGUAUUUCUUAAUUUUCUUUUGCUGUGCAUGUUUUGAUGAGGAUGCGAUCAAAGAAGAAUCACAGAACAAAAGCAAACAGAAAGGAUUAGUUUGACACUGAGGUCAAAAUGCUUCACUUAAAGAGUUAAACCAGGACCUGAAUUGGUCAGCUUGGCCAUUAUGAUAAACAUUUUUGUCAAAAAUGCUGAAAUACUUCAGACAGAUAGUGAAAGUUUGUUGAUUGGACCUGUAGGAGAGAACAGAGACAAAGAGGAUAAACGAAUGUAUAAAUGCUGCAAAAGGACUCUUCUGUUCGACUUGUGAAUUGUGAAAUCCCAAUAAUUACAGGAAAUAAACGCAAGAAGGUUUCCUUUUGAAAUAUACCCUCUUUUUGCCAAAAAUACAGGGAGUUUUUCAAGGCACUUUUGAAAAUGCUUGUUUAAAAGUAAACUAACAAGUGAUUAAUACCAGCAGUCAGGUGUUCCUGUCAUUUGGGAAUAAAAGCCUUUGGAACAGUAGGAACACGUUUUCAACCCAGUUUUAUAUUGCACAAACAUGAAUUCAAAGAUGUUGCUCACAGUCCAUCAAAUUCAGUGCCGUAAGUAAAAACUUUUGAUGAUCAAUUGUCGCACAAGUUGGUGGCAGCUGCAAUAUUUCCAUUAAAUUACAGUGAAUUUGUUAUUAAUCCAACAGUUCCUCCAUUCUCACUACUCACAAUCCUGUAUGGUGAAAGUAUAGCACAACUUUUUUUCAUGUAACUUUUUUUUUGGUAUGAAAC